AUGGCUACAGUGGAGCAUUUUCAACGGCGACCAUGGGCACGACGUUCAACCCUCACAAAUCAUAGUAGCAAUCCAGACUCUACAAAACUUCAUCUAAAACCGUCCCGCACCAUUCCAUUCUACUCUACAGCACAUUUGCCCUAUGCUCCUGCUAGUGAGCUUAUAUCUAAAGCUAGAGCUUCAUUACAGCAUCCAACGCGACCAUUCACACCAGCUAUCAAUGACCGAGAGCAUCCUAUCUUGAAAAAACCUAGUGGUUUAUCUUGCCAUCAAGAUGACAAACCUUCAAUGCCUAGAAGCCCUAUUUCGCAUCGCUUGUGCCCAAUUUUUAAUACAGAUUCUUUUCCACAACCUCCCAUUGUGCCCAAUCCUUCCGUUUUUCCGACCGUAAAAGAGAAUAGCAGUGGAGAUCAAUCCCGGCCAAGUUUUUCUUGUUCAAAGGAGUUGGGGCAUUCCUCAUUAGAGUUUAGUGACGAUGGAGACGAUGAGGAAGAACCUGAUUACGAGCAGGAUAUUUCAAACCAUUCAGAUCAAGUCAAGACCCAAGAUGCAUCAAGUCAGCAAUUUGACAUUGCUCUGAUUCAGAAUAGCCAGCCUACUCCACCAGAUUUAGCAAGAAAUGACUUGAAACUCUCUCCGCGCAAAUCAAGCAUAGUUAAAUCAUCAAGCCAGGCCACCAGUGCUCCAGCUACUUCAAUUUUUGUAUCAAACCAGUCUGCUGAUUUGGAUCCAGAAUGGCAAUCUUUGCUUCAAGUACUAUCCAAGACCACAAUCAGGCAAAAUAAAGUGUGCAUUCAAGAACUGCUGGUUAAAUUGCAAAAUAUGCAUUGGUUAAGGACUCCUGUCACACGGUCAUCCAAAAUGUCUACUCAGUUUGAAGCUAUUAAUCAAAAUUGCAAUGUACUCGACAAAUCUACUGGAAAAAAUACUGUUGAAGCAUCCAAAGUAUUGGAAAACAGAUCUACUCAUUUUUUAAACAAACAUCGGGACAAACUACGGCGAGAAACAGUUUUACAAACACUUAUCCAAUGGAUGCACAAUUCAGACAACACGGAAUCUGCAGUGGCAGCAUCAUCAAUCAUAUUGAAAUUGACUUUUGAUGAGCAUGUGCUAACGAAUGCUUGUCAAUUGCUUUUUCAGCUAUCUAAAAACGAUAAAAACGAUGCAAUGUUUCAAACGCACAAGGUUGCUGAUUUUUUGCUAGAUUUUGUCCAAAAAAACAUACGACAUAUUUCAACCUUGUUUGGUCCUCGAUGCAGUUUAGUCAUUACAGCCCUUGGUGUACUACGAAACAUUUCUUGUUCUUCAACAAGUCAUCAACACAUUGGUAGCAUUGAGGGGGUAGAGCGAUUAGGACGACUUGUGUUGACAUUGAUUAAUAAGGCAGAUGUAAAGAAUAGAAGUGAUCAAGAAUAUACUCAACUUUGCCAGUUGCUCGCUCUUAUGUGCUGUUGUUUGAGGAACAUGGCAUCAGCCAAUUGUCUUGAUUCAAACUUUUCAAAUCCAGUCAAGGGUUCCAAACAUACCACAUUGCAUACUCUGUGUCUUUUAUUGAAUAGUGACUAUGGAUUGGUUCAUGAGGAAGAACUAGUGUUGUCUGUAUGCCGAACUCUAAGCAAACUGUCUAUAAACCCAGACGGUGCGAAACUUAUGGGAGAAUUUGACAAUAUUGAUUCGUUUUUGAGCACCUUGAUUAGAUACCAGAACAAAUUGGCGAUCGUAGCUCGACUUUGUUUUAUCCUUGGAAACUUGACAACAGUCUUGGGAGAUAAUCACAAGCAGAUUGCUGCAAGCUCGGCAGAUAUCGUUUCGCUGUUUAGUACAUAUGCCAAUGCAUAUUUGAAGCAGGUUUGCGGUAAUAAAAAUAUACCAAACUCCAGUUAUGCUGACACUCAACAAGUUGAUGUGAUUGUAAAGCUUGUCCGCUUGAUUGCAAAUUUGGCAAUUGAUGGCACAUGCGGUCGUCAACUGACUGAUAUGGUUGAGCUAGACUUUAUUAUCGAUAUUCUCGGAGUUCCCAGCACUGUCGAUCAUGAAGAGUUGUUAUUGAAUCUUGCUGGUGCUUUGGCCAAUUUGAGCUAUUCAAUCCAUCCAACAUGCAGUCUUUACCUGCGUGUUUCAGAUAUGAUUCAAUGCAAGUGCUAUCUAGCGCCAUUACUUAUGCAUGAUAAUCCCGAGGUUGUUGUAGAGGCAUGCAGAGCGUAUGCCAAUUUGGCUCGCAUCCAUGACACUCGAGGAUAUCAAGCAUCUCGAGUAUGCGAUCUGGCAACCAUUUUAUUAGAUCAUACAGAUGCAGCAGUUGUAUAUCAAGCUUGUGGAGUAUUGAUGAAUUUAACACUUCAUGCUCAUAAAGAGAUUUUUAAAUCGAUUAUUUUGGAAAAUAAUGGUGACACAAAAUUGCUUGAAGUAUUUGUGCAGGCUUCUGAGGAACAAAAAUGGGAUUUGGCAACAGUAUCAGUACAAACUCUUUUUAAUCUCUGUGAAUCUCGAUCCGAAUUAUGUAGUAGAGUAUGUGAAAAGGUGGAAGAUGUAAUUUCGCAGACUGAUGCGGAAUUGGGCAAUGACAUGUUUUGGGCUGUAUGUGAUCGGAUUUUAAAAUUUGAUGCAUGA